GUAGCGCAGUGCUGCCACCUGGAGGUGAUAAUGAUGAUAUUGCAACUACUACAAUUUGGAUGAGAGACGCACAGUGUUUACUGUGCGCGUUGGAUAGACUUUGAAAACGGUAUGCUUUUAGUACGAAUGACCGAGGGCCUUUCAAACUCCUGAAAUGCCAUGUUUAUUAUAUUUAUAUGCGUUUUGAGAUUUCUACCAUCUAAGCAGUGACGGAACUGAAGACUGAAACAUUAAUGUGAGCUGAAGGGCGACUCUUGCUGAAAUCUCCUAACCUGACGCAUAACACGGUUGAUUGAAUUUGGUCAUAGUAUGGAGGUCCCGGCAAUAAACCAGAACUUUACGCAUCAACCACCGCAGCCAUGGGCUGGACAGAGGCACAGGACCCCAGCCAUGCCUCCAGCCUGCUGUCCACCUCCUCCAUAUCACUACCCAAACUUGAACCAAGAUCACCGGAGUGCAGCAGUGAGUGUGACCCCGAUGGCCGAUACAACAGUAACCUCAGGUCAUCGGCCUCAGUUACUGUACUGGGACCCCUCACAGCAAAGCUACCCGGACAGAGAACCUGUUCUUGAUAUUUCACAUAUGACGACUCAAGGGAUGUCACAGAGAAGCUACUCAUUACCAACGAGUCCAGUGACAAAUUCUAAGACAGAGUCUCGGUACGGUCUGGAUCCUCAGCUUCUACCCAGUGUGGUCCAAGUGAUUAAAGAGGACAAGAUCCAGUGGGAAGGGAAAGUGUUUGUUUCAGAGUCCAAAUCUUCAGUUCCCCCUCUCUCUUCAACACAAUGUACCCUGGAGGACAGAGGUAAUGCCACACCUCGUUUUAUCCGAUGUACUUCGUACACUUUCCCUGUGGAGGCUCAGUCAGCCCAGAAGAGUCAUCUCCCAUUGGGUGCAAUCGUGUGUCCGCUGGCCAGGCCUGACAAAGGAGAACGUGAUGUGCCAGUGUGUGAGGCAGGAGAUUGCGUUAAGGGCUGUGUGCACUGCGGGGCCUUCAUGAGCCCUGCUAUGAACUGGCAGGACUGCGGGCAAAGAUUCUACUGUCCUUUCUGCGACAAACUCACUGAAGUGCCAUGGCAGUCCUAUCAGCCCACUAAUCAGGGCCGCCGUGUUGACUGUGAAAAAAAACCUGAGCUCAGUCUUGGCUCAUACGAGAUCCUGGAGAAGCAGACGGGUAAAGCUGCUGUGUUGCUGAUGGCGAUAGAUAUUUCUGCCAGUGCAAUGAGAACAGGGCAGCUAGACCACAUUUGUCAGCAGAUUAGUUCUCAGUUGCAAGCUUUAAAUGGGCCUGAUGAAACUGACCAAUCAGAUCUUCGAGUGGGUUUGAUGACCUAUGACAGCCGGAUCCAUCUGUAUAACCUGAGCCCAGCUCUGUCCCGCCCUCACAUGAUGGUCAUCACUGAUUGUGAGGAGCUGGAACUUCCUGUGGUGGAGGGCCUUCUGGUGCCACUGAAAGACUGCAUACACAUAGCUGAGAGAGUUCUACAGGAAAUUGCGCUUUUCAAUCCUGAAUCUGAAAACAGAUCCAGCUCACAAGAGCUUUCUGUUUCUGCAGGACUGAAGAUUCUUCAGGCUGCAGGGUCUCCUGGCAAAUUAUUGAUCUUUCAUUCCUCACCUGUUUCUGAAGGCACAAAUCAGAAAAGCUCCUCUGGAUUCUUCAGCUCUAGCAAAAUGAAGUCCAUUUUCCAAGGACCAGAUUCUUCAACCUCACUGGCUAAAGAGUGUGUCAAUCAAGGCUGCAGUGUGCACAUGUUUUUGUUCUCCCAUCAAGAAGUAGGCGGAGCUUGGCCAGGGCACAUCCCUUUUCUCACAGGGGGUGGGCUCAUCUGCUAUAACAGUCUACAGUCAGAGAUGGAACAGGAACGCUUCCGAACUGAUCUGAGCAGAUGUGUGAAUAUGCAGAUGGCCUUCAAAGUUCAACUCAGAGUUUUUGUCAGUAAAGAGAUGCGCAUAUCUGGUUGCUAUGGCUCCAUCAUCGCCGGUUCUGAUUCCUGCUGUGUUUCCAUGGCAGCGCUUGAUUGGCGCACAGCUCUGGCAUUUGAGUUCACUCACAACAAAUCUUUGGAUGAAACGAGGGGUGUAGCCAUACAGUUUGUGCUGUCAUACAGUAACUCCUCUGGAGAGAACAGGACACGGAUACACACCGUCAUUCUGUCCGCAUCCCAUCAGCUACUAGACACCUUUAGAAGCAGCCAAGCUGAGACGCUCCUCACAUUUUACUGCAAGAAAAUGUAUUCCUUAGCACUGGAGAGUCCACUGCAGUCCCUGCGGGAGGAGUUACAGACGGAGGUUACUGAGAUGUUGGCUUGCUUCAGGAAACACAGCUGCUCUACCUCUGUGUCCCCAGGACAGCUGGUGCUGCCUCAGUUUCUGAAAGUCGUACCUGUCUACAUUAACAGUCUGCGCAAGAGUGAAGUGCUGCUGCCUGGGCUGCAUAGCUCUGUACAUCAGCGUCUACAACUGCGUAGCCUCAUUGUCUCCAUGGACACGCUGAGCACUGCUUCUCAGUUCUACCCACUUAUUCUGCCUUUGGGGAUGAUGAAGCCAGCGUCUCUGUGUUUAUUCCUCUCACCCCUGCAGUCUGUCUCUGCUGAUAAUGCCAACAUGCCAUCAUUAAGGGAAGCCUUGCGCUGCACUGUCUCUAGUCUGGAUCCAGGGGCUCUGUAUCUGAUCUACUGCCCACUGGCACUGCUCCUUUGGGUGGGCAGCUGUGUGCCUUCUCAUACUCUUCUACAGCUUUUCAACACCAACUCCUUCUCCUUCCUCACAUCUGGAGAGAUCAAUCUUCCAGUGCUUGAGAACUCCCUCUCCAUCAGCACCAGAGCUCUCGUAUGCUCUCUGCAGUCCUCGGCAGCUGUUACUCUCCAGCUAAAAUUGGUGCGUGAGGGUGAGAGCUGUGCGGAGUCUCUGCAGCGCCUCCUGGUGGAGGACAAGAGUCCUAACGGUGGAGCUUCAUACGCCGAUUUCCUUUUUCAUCUUCAUGUCAAUGCAUUGCGUAUUAUUGUGUGACGGUCUCUUCUUAUAGACAAGGCUGUCUAAUUGACUUUGGAAUAUUUGUAAAGCAUUUUGUGAUAGUUCAGUCCCAUUGCAGUUUCCCUUUGUAGCCACUGCUGCCAUUCUUAAAUCAAUGAGAAACAAGAAAACUGUCUUGUAUUCAUUUACCAAACAUUUACCUCUGAAAUAGAAGUUUAGUAAAUACACAUUCAAUGUGACCAGGAGAAACAAUAAAUACUAAGAAUAGUCCUUUAAAUCUCAAGGGCUCAGAAUGACUGAAUACUGUUUGAACUCCCAUCAAAGACUAAAUCAUCACAUCAAAGUGAUUAAUGGUUGUGUAUUUGAAGUGUGGUUUUGGUUCUAGACAUGGGUUUGAUUUAAUACUGGCUCUUGAAUUUUGCACUCUGAAUUGAAAAUCAUGAAUUUGCCCUACUGGAUAUGGUUGAGUUAGAGUGCAUUAUUAUUUUAAGCAAUAAUAUAUUCAUAGAAUUUUUGGUUUCUUUGCACCUCAGUAUUUAAUGUCUUGACUGUGAUAUUUUCAAUGCCAUCAGCAUGUGAACCCACAUUAUGAUCAACAUUUAUGUCACAUUUCUUUUGUAUGAAGAAGAUACUUUUCUCUCCAAAAAUGAAUAAAUAACUGUAAAUUGUG